AUGCUUAAUUAUAAACGAGAAAUUUUCAGAAUUAAUAUUAGACAUUAAAAGCAUUAGCAAAUUUUUCUAUAAAAAAGAAUAUUCUUAUAAAUAGAAUAUGAGCAUUCAUUUGAAUAGUUGAUAGAUGCAAUAAAUAAUACUUAAAUUAUAAGUCUAAGAAAUUUAACUAAAUUAAAUGCCUUGUUAUUAAAUUUUUCUAAAAAAAAACUAACAAUAGAACAAAACUAAUAGAUUGAAAAUUAAGCGUAAAAUUUAAUGGUAAGUUUAACAAACUAUUUGGUUUAGAAUAAUAAUAAUCUAACAAAAGAAAUAUUAAUUCUUUUAGUCAAUCUAACACAGAUGUCUGAGAAAAUAACCACUAUAUUUUUACGAAAUUACCAAUCUUACUGUAAUUUAAUUCAAAUAUUAUCAAGUUUGAUAUAAAACAGGAUCGAAGUGAUUGCAACUCUUGAAUUGUUGAUGAAUAUAUGGGCAAAUUCUAACUGUCAUUAAAAAUAAGAUUAAAAUCUCAUUGAAAUAAUUAAUUUAUUUCUAGAUUUCUGUAUAUCUAUUAAAGAUAAUAACAAAAUUCUAUUAAUUUGUAAAUGCUAUAAAAAUUAUCUAUAAAGUAUUAGCGAAGAAAAUAAUUUUGAUUACAAAUAUUUGAUAAAUAUAAUUAGAAAGCUAUUAUAAUAUGGAAUUUAAGAGAAUGUUGAUUUUUUAGAGGAGCUAUUAGAAACAUAUAGUUCAAUUGUUCAAUUAUUUAAUUAUGAUUUCAUAAUUCCAGAUUUAGAUAUGAUAUUAAAUCUAUUAGAUUAGUGUUAGAGAAAGCCUGAAUUAAUAGAAAUAGUUACAAGAAUAAUUUCAUAUUUGAGCAUUAAUGAACCAGAUAACUUCUAUGAGAAAUUAAUUUUUUCUGUAAUUUAAUUCAGUAAAAAUAUCAUGAGAUCAUCUUUAAAUGAGUAAAUACCCUAUAUAUUAAAUUUAUGCAGCAUAAUUUUUCAUUAAUAAUGUGAAAAGAAUUAUAAUCUUUUAUAACCUUUUUAUAAUGAUAAUGUUAUCAUAACAGAGAUCAUCAGGUUUUAAGAAGAUUGCUUUCCAAGAAAGAUAAGAGAGACAUCCAUAAGAUCUAUUAAAAUAUUAAUAGAAAACUCAAAUGAAAAUCAAAUUUAAUUAUUAAUUUUUGGUGGUGUAUAAUUCAGAUUAAAAGAUGUGCUAAAUGAUUUUUCACUAAACUCAAGUUCUAUAUUGUUUGCAUUAAUUUCAAUAAAAAAUCUUAUAAAGAUACAAGGAAAUAUUAUUCAAUUUUUAGAAUUUGAAAAUCUCAUCUAAUUAACAAAAUCUAAAAAUAAAGAAAUUCAAAAGAUAACUAAUGAAAUAAUUUUAUAUAUUGAUAAUCACAAUAUUUGA